GGGGUGACCCCCCCACACACACCCCAAAAGAGGAGAGGGCUGGUGUGACCUUCUCCCAGCAGCGGGGCUGCGGGGCGAGCGCCUGCCUUCACCUGCCCCCACGUCAGCUGGGGAGCUGCCACGUUUCGGGGCCUUUCAUGGCAGCGGGGAGCUGCCAGUACUGGGGUCCACACUGGUGGGUAGGGUCGUCCUGCUGGGUGCUCUCAACCUGUGCCAGUGGCCCAUGACACCCUGAAAAACAUCACCAGGGGGUCACGCAGCCGAACCUGGGGGCAAGGAAAGGGUGUCACUGCCAGGAGGGCGAACCAGGGUCCCAACCCAUGAGAUCAGCCAGCAGCAUUGCUUAAAAGCGGGAUCAAAACCCUCUACACACUGGCUGCCCCCGUGGCUCAGCCUCGACUCUUCUGAGCUAUGGGGCAGCACCAGCUCCAGCCCCCCAACCGCCCCGGGAGGGUGCCUGCAGGGUUGGUGCAGCUAUUACCUCCAGCUCCCUGGGGCUGCGGUAGGCCUUGUUGCACACUUGCGGGACCAGAGGAGUGAUUUGGGACUAAAAUCCCAUCUUUUCUUCUCCUAGAUCACAGCGCAGACUGGCUCCCGCCCUCACUGAGCCAAACUGGAUUUCAACCGGUGAUCUGUAAGGUGAGACGCUGCGUCCCCCUGCUCCGUCCCCGGGCUGUUCAAGACCACGCGGGGCCACCGAAACUGCCUAAGCUGCCAUAGAAAAGGAGCAGCGAGUCCUGCGCGGGCACGUGCCCCUCAGCCAGCAUGACAAGCGAGGUGGUGGAGAAUGAGUUUGAGUUUUACUCCAAAGCAGAGAAGUACUGGAAGGAUGUGCCCGCCACGGUGGAUGGCAUGCUGGGAGGCUAUGGCCACAUCUCCAGCAUCGAUAUCAACAGCUCCAGAAAGUUCCUGCAGAGGUUUCUGCGGGAUGGCCCCAACCGGACAGGGACAACCCGUGCUCUGGACUGCGGGGCGGGCAUUGGCCGGAUCACCAAGCGGCUGCUGCUGCCCCUCUUCAAGACGGUGGACAUGGUGGACGUGACGGAGGACUUCCUCACCAAGGCCAAGAGCUACCUGGGAGAGGAGGGCAGGCGGGUGCGCAACUACUUCUGCUGCGGCCUCCAGGACUUCAGCCCUGAGCCAAACUCCUACGACGUCAUCUGGAUCCAGUGGGUCAUUGGACAUCUCACUGACAACCACCUCUCCGACUUCCUGAAGCGUUGCCGUGCUGGCCUGCGGCCCAACGGCAUCGUGGUCAUCAAGGACAACAUGGCUCAGGAGGGCGUGAUCAUGGACGAUGUGGACAGCAGCAUCUGCCGGGACCUGGACGUGGUCCGUAAGAUCAUCCGCCGAGCUGGGCUGCACCUCCUGGCCGAGGAGCGCCAGGAGAACUUCCCCGAUGAGAUCUACCACGUCUACACCUUCGCCAUGAGAUGAGGGCGGCCGGUGGUGGGAGAAGGUCUCUCCAGGGCCAGCUCAGAGCACGGGCCAGCACGGUGGUUCCUGCCAGGGCCGGGAGGGGUGAGGACCGUGCCUUCACUGCGGGGUGGUGGACGGCAGCGAGGGUGUCACGACUCCCUCUCUCCGGGGCUGGUGGCAAGGAUGGGGCUUUGUCUUCCAAGUUGCUGCUGUUUGUGAAAAGAGGUGUUUGCCAAAUACAUUUUCCUGCUGUUGCACUUC